AUGUAAGAUAAUACAAUUGCUAAUCCAAUGGUACCUUAUCUUUAAUUGUAGAUGUAUGCUAAAUUUACAUAAUUGGAUACCUGUGCUAAUAUGGAACAAGGUUUUCCAAAUUUUCGACCACCUUAAUUUUUAAGAUAGGCCAUUAAAGUAGAAGCAUUGACAGAGAGUUUACAAUAUACAUAAACUGCUGGUCAUCUAAGGUUAUUGAAAGCAGCUUCUGACUUUUAUGAAAAGCAUAUGGGAAUUAAAGUGGAUACUGCAAAGAGAUAGUUGCAAGUUCUGGGGCAGAACCAGUUUUAGCAUGUGUUUUCCAGGCUUAGCUUAAUCCAAACGAUGAAGUCAUAUAUUUUGACCGUGCUUUUGGUAUUAAUAGUAGAGAUAUCAAAAGAUUUCUAUCGUCCCUUAAUUGAAUUGUAAGGUUUGAGUUCCAUUAAAAUCUAGUCAAUAAAAUAGCAAGCCUAGUUUAUUGAGCAGAUUUGA